CAUCAUCUUCCUUUUUCUUCUCUCUCAAUCAUUCAGAAAUAUUUUCACUCACAAACCUCUUUGAAACUAGUUCCCCUGUUAUUUUCUCUGUUUUACUUUCUUUAUUUCAUAAUCUUUUUGCCCUAUUUCUAGUUCUUUAUUUAUUUCUGUUUCAAUAUUUCUGAUUUCUUUAACCAAAAAAAAAAAAAAACUUUUUGCUUUCGGUUAUUUCGGUUAUUACUAGAAAGAAUUAUCAUUUCUUGUAUUUAUUGUUAGUUUCUGUGUAUUUUAAUUAUUUUCAUUUGCUUUACUUCUCUUCUAUGUUUUUCAAACUUUAAAAAAGUUAAAAAAAAUGGUUGAUGCUGCCGGGAGUGUUGGGGGUGUGGUAAGUCCUGUCCUUCAAGUUGCCGAGUGGUUGGCUGCUCCGAUUUGCCGUCAAUUUAAGUACUUGUUCAACUACAAGUGCAACUUUGACAAUCUCCAAGAAGAAGUUGACAAGCUGAAGAAUACAAGAGACGAAGUUCAGCAUAAGGUUACUGAUGCUGAGAGAAAUGUGGAAGAGAUCAAACAGAAUGUUAAGGACUGGCAGAAAAAAGUGGAGAAGACCAUUACUAAAGCAGAGCAGUUGAUUCAAGCGAAAGCAAACAACCCUCGAUGUUUCAACGGAUUGUGCCGCAACUUCAUCACCAGCUACAAACAAAGCAAGAAAGCAUUCAAAUUAAAGCAGGAUGAUAUCGAUCCACUUCUUCGGCAAGAAAAGGAAUUGGGUCCUGUUUCCUAUCCCACCAAUCCACCGGAGAUCUGGCUUAGAUCUAGUGAAAAUUAUGUGGAUUUUGAAUCAAGAAACUCCACUGUGAAUAAUGUAUGGGAUGCUUUAAAUGAUGAGAAUGUGUACAUGAUUGGUGUUUACGGGAUGGGUGGUCUUGGGAAGACCACUCUUGUGCAGGAACUUGGUAGGAAAGCUAAGAAGGAAAAGGUCUUUGAGGAGAUUGUUUUUGUUGAGGUUUCAGAAAUUCCUGAUGUAAAAAAUAUUCAAACAACAAUUGCAGACAACUUGGGCGUGAAAUUCAAAAACGAAAGUGAAAUGGCAAAGCAGUUGUAUUCAAGGAUGAAGGACAAGAAUAUCCUUCUAAUUCUAGAUAAUAUAUGGGAACCUCUAGAAUUUGAUAAUAUGAUAGGAAUUCCUCGCGAAACUGAUCGUGGAAGAAAUAAACUUCUACUCACAACAAGAGAUUUAGAUGUGUUGGAGAAGAUGGGUUCCACAAAUAAUUUCACGAUGGGCAUUUUAAAUGAAGAAGAUGCUUGGAACCUAUUUGCCAAGAUGGCAGGUAAUGUUAUUAAAACACAUAGAUUGCAUUCUCUACCAAAUGAUGUAUGCAAGGAAUGCGGGGGUUUACCUAUUAUCAUUUGUACAAUGGCAAAAGCAUUAAAAAACAAGAGUCAUCCAUCUGAUUGGAAGGUUGCGUUGCAAGAACUGAGAGCACCUUCUCCAACAAAGUUCACCGGAUUCCUUAAAAAGGAUUAUAUGAAGAUCGCAUUGAGUUACAAGUAUUUAAGAGAUGAUGAAUUAAAGGAAACUUUUUUAAUUGCCAGUCUAUUGGAAAAUAAUACUUCCAUAUCAGAUUUGCUUAGACAUGUUAUGUGUUUGGAUAUACUUGAAGGAGCUAAUUUGACAAUGGAAGAUGCACGAAAUAGACUAGAUAAAUUGGUCCGCGACCUUAAAGAUGCUUGUUUGUUGCUUGACGGAUUCAAAAGUGGACAAUUUGCUAUGCAUGAUAUUGUUCGUGAUGUUGCCAUAACAAUUGCAUAUGUGGAUCACCAUGUGUUUACAACGAGAAAUGACAUUGAACGAGAUUGGAAGGAUAGAGACAAACUCAGGAAAUGCACAAAAAUCUCCCUAGUUAGUAGUAGUAAUAUUAUUAAUCAACUUUGGCCUAACAAUUUGGAUUGUCCAAAUCUUGAAUAUUUCUAUAUGACUAAUAUGUGCAUCUCUUCUUUCGAAAUCCCGAAGGACUUCUUCACAGUGAUGCCAAAGCUUAAAGUGUUGAAUUUGGAUGGACUACAACAAUUGGCAUUACCAUCAUCAAUUGAUCUUUUGACAAACCUUCAAACAUUGUGUUUAUAUGGUAGCAAAAUUAAAGAUGUUGCUAUUAUUGGAAAGCUUAGGAAUCUAAAGGUCCUUAGCUUGCAACAUGCUUAUAUUAAGGAGUUACCUACAGAAAUGGGUCAAUUGACUCAACUAAGGUUGUUAGAUUUGAGCUGUUGUGGGCAUUUGAAAGUUGUUGCUUCAAAUGUGAUAUCAAAAUUAUCCAAUUUGGAAGAACUUUUUUUAAAGGGAUGUCCUAUUCAGUGGAAGAUUGAAGUACUUGAGGAAUUGAAGCUCUUGUCUAACCUCACUAGUUUAGAAUUGGAAAUUGAAGAUGAAAAGGUUUUGCCUAAAGACUUCUUUUCCAAAGAGCUUAUAAGGUACAAAAUGUCAGUUGAAAAUUGGUUCAAACAUCCAAUAAUUGAUGAAGAUGAGUAUUUGAGGGUAUUGAAAUUGAAAUUCAAUCCUGCAAUCUACUUGGAAGAAUUAUGUGGAAUCAAGAAUGUGGAACUCUUAGGCUUAUCCCAAUAUUUAGAUGAUGAGGACAAGGACGAUCUUGAGCAUUCAAAAUUCAAUUUGCAAUCCAAUGAAAUCACAUUGCUUUUUAACAAAAAGGAUAUCUUUCCUGAUUUAACGGUCUUGAUACUGAAGGAUAUUAUUUCUAGAAAGAUUUGGCACAACCAACUUCCAACUUCCUUCUUUCAAAAUUUGAAACAAUUGAUAUUGUGGAGAUGUACAAAGAUAAAAUAUGUGUUUCCUUCUACUAUUACCAAAAGCCUCCAGCAACUCCAAUACCUUGAGAUAAUGGAUUGUAUUGUUUUAGAGGGAAUUGUUGCUACAGAAGAAGGAACAGAAACAGCUGUCAAUUUUUUCUUUCCGCAGGUAGCUAAAUUGAAGCUUCAUUUUCUACCAGAGUUUACAGAUUUCUCUCUUGUAAUACAUCCUUCAGCAUGGCCAAAAUUGAAAGAGUUGGUAGUGAUACGUUGUCAUAAAUUUAAGAUGCUUUUUUCAGAGCCAAUAUCCCUGUGCUUGGACCAAAAGAUCAACCAUGAUUUGGAGAUAUUUCUAUUAACGGAUGGUUUGGAAGCGAUUGGUUGGCGGAGUCAAUCUAAAGAUAAAGAUCUUAAAAUCUCCAAUUAUAAGUCAGCACAUAUUCCAUUUGGGCUAUUUCAAAGAUUUGAAAAUCUUACAUUUCUUUAUGUUGACCGUUGUCAUGAGUUCGUUAACUUAACAACACCUUCAAUAGCUAGAAGCUUGGUGCAGUUGAGAGAAUUGAAAGUAUCAUGUUGUCAAAUGCUAGUGGAAAUAUUAGAAAUUGAGGAAGAUGCAACAACUGAAAUUGUUUUUGAGAAUUUAAGUAAGCUGUCAUUUGAAUGGAUAGAAAGUCUUACAUGUUUCUGCUCAGGGAAUUACACUUUCAGUUUCCCAUCAUUGGAAGAGUUGAAUAUAACAAAAUGUCCCUAUAUGAAGACCUUCUGUAGAGGAAUCUUGAGCACUCCAAAGUUACAGAAAAUCAAUUAUGACAAAAUGAAAGUAGAGAAUAAGGGGAAUGAUCUUAACAAAACCAUUCAAGGAUUAUAUAAAAGGAAAAACCAUGACAUCUCCCUUGAUUUGAAGUUGUUGACAUUGAAAGAUGUUAAUUCUACAAAGAUUUGCUACAAUAAACAUCCAACUUCCUUUUAUCAAAAUUUGACACACUUGUUCUUGUGGAAUUGUGGAAACAUAAAAUAUGCGUUUCCAUCUUCCAUUGCCAAAAGCCUCCACCAACUCCAACAGCUAAAAAUACAAAAUUGCAAGGUUUUGGAGGAAAUUGUUGCAAAAGAAGAAGAAGCAAAUGCAGUUGUCCAUUUUGUCUUUCCAAAUAUAACCUUAUUGAAACUUCAAGAUCUACCAGAACUUACAGCCUUCUACCCUGGAAUAUAUACUAUAGAAAUGCCAAAGUUGAAAGAGUUAGAGGUGAAACGUUGUACCAAAUACUUGAGCUUCAAAGAAAACAAUGUGGAUACUGAGUGUGACAUUUUAGAUCCAGAAUCUAUCUUCUUGAACAAUGUGAUUAACCUCAAUUUGGAGAUAUUUGACUUAUAUGAUGGUGAGAGAAAUAUUAGUUGGCAAAGUCAAUCUAAAACUCUUAAAAUCAAUAAGGAUACCUCUGCAAAUUUUCCACUUCGACUCCUUCAAAAAUUUGAAAAUGUGAGAGAGCUUCAGCUAUUUUGCAGUGGUUAUAGAGACACUAAGAUCCUAUGUGAUCUCCCAGAUCUUGAAGUUCUAGAUGUAUGGUGCUGUGAGAGAUUGAUGAGUGUAGUGUCAUUCUUAGCUUCUUUCCAGAAUCUUAAAGUUCUGAGGGUAAGUUCAUGCAGCAGAUUAAUGAAGUUGAUUACACCUUUAGAGAUUAGAAGUUUGAUGCAGUUGAGAGAACUGAGUAUAUCAAGUUGUGGAAUAUUGACUGAAAUAGUGAAAAAUGAAGGAGAUGGAACAACGAAUGCUAAAAUUGUUUUUAACAAUUUGAACAAGUUGUCAUUUAAACGGUUAAAAAGUCUCAUAUGCUUUUGCUCUGGGAAUUACUCCUUUAGCUUUCCAUCAUUGGAAGAGUUAAUUAUAGAAGAUUGCCCCAAUUUGGGGAUUUUUUGUCAAGGAAGCUUAUGCACACCAAAGUUAGACAAAGUCAUUUACAAGUUUGAAUAUGAGAAUGAGAGAGAGGUAGAGAUCGGGGAUAAUGACUUGAAUACAACUAUACAACAAGAAUACAAAAAACAGAAUGAGAAAGAUUUCCGUCCCGAUGGUAGCAAACUGCAAAAGUCAAAUGUGAUCAAGGAGCGAGUCGAACGGAGGAUUCUCAGACCUAAAGGAAGUAUCUUCAAGAGGAGAAGAGGACUGGAGAGCAGCAAUAGAUGUCCUUCGAGGAACAAGCUCCGUCUCUUCAAAGAAAAAUCUCGUCUUCUCAAAGAAAGUUUCAGGGGACAAGUUUCCUUCAAUGGUCAUUGGUUGGAUGAGUUUGUUCCACAGAAAACGUCAGCUUAUAUAAGCCAAGAAGAUUUGCAUAUUGCUGUGAUGACAGAGGGAAACACUUGAAUUUACUGCCCAAUGUCUUGGUGUUGGAAACCGAGGAAAUAUGAUGAUGGAAGUCAGUAAAAGAGAGGAGACAGGCACUGUUCCGGAUCCAGAUGUAGAUACUUACACGAAGUUGCUACUGUAGAGGUGAGAUGUUAGGAUUUGAGUGUGGAAGCUGAUUGUGAGAUUGUUAACAGAAAGCCCGUCACAACUCUAUGGAAUUCUCUUAUACAUUGGCUUCUGUCCAUUUUCUGGCUGAUGAUUCAACUGCUUGGUCUCCAAGUUGCAGGAAGACCACACUUUUAAAGGCUCUCUGUUAGGAACCUGGUUAUUUUCCUAUGAUUCUGACGCGGCUACCGCCCAAUUUGCAAUUCCAGUGAUUUUCCAACCUCCCUCUCAACUCUGCUUCUCACAAACACCAGGUUCUUCCCUCUCCACAAAAUAAGAAGAGAAUGAGUGUUUUUUUUUUCUUUCUACCCAGACUCAAAUUGACAAAUCACAAGGGUUCAAACAAUCCAACAAUGGAACUAUAAACAAAGAAAAAACAACAAAAAGUAUGAAAUGAAACUCAUCAUCUGUAUUACUCAUCUGUGGUCCCCUCGUGUGAUGAUGCCCUGCACUUUCUCUCACGCCACUUAUGGUAGACCUCCCAGACUGAUGUUGCUGUUCUAACAGUCUAUCAGGAACUCCUUACAAAUCUCCAAAGGUUUCAGAAUUUCUUUGUACCUCAGCAUCAUUUUAAAUACGAGUAUCAGUCAUAUGCAUGAAUCUAUAACUGUAUAUUCAACUUGUUUAAACAUGAUAGCAUCAUAAAAAAAAAGCUCAAGGCAUCACAAGUACACUUCUUUGAUAGGUUUCCUAAUUUUCUAGUGUUUGAUUAUACCUCUUCUACUGUACUGUUGUAUUCUGCUGCACAAACCAAAGAUUUCUCUCCUAUAUAUUGAAGAGAGAAUAUCAAGUCUAUUUGUAGUCAUAUGUUUAUUUACUUUUAGCUAUAUGCAAGAUAAAACAGUUUCAGUUAUCUUAGUUCGGUUUCCUUAUUUACAUAGUUUUGCUUCUAUUUUCUUCAGCUAAUUUACUUCUCUAUGGUGUGCUAUCAUAGUUUGCUUUCCGAAUGUAUUCAGUUUUGCUUCUGCUUUCUUCAAAGGUAACAGGGGAAAAGUUUCCUACAAUGGUUACCGGUUGGAUGAGUUUGUUCCCCAGAAAACACAAGCUCAUAUAAGCUAAGAGGAUCUGCAUAUUGCUAAAAUGACUGAGGGAAACACUUGAAUUUGCUGCCCAAUUGGUUUUGGAAACUGAGGAAAUAUGAUGAUGGAAGUCAGUAAAAGAGAGGAGUCAGGAAUUGUUCCGAAUGUAGACGUAGAUACUUUCAUGAAGUUAUUACAGCCAAUUUCAAGCAAAGGACCAAAAACAACCCUUCAAACAGAUCAUGUUUUAACUGUCUUCAGACAUCCCAGGUCCUUGAACCUGAUAUUUUUGGUGACACAAUGGUGGGAGAUGAGAGAGAUGAGAUGAGAAGAGGUAUCUCUGGAGGUCAAAAGAGGAGACUGAGUACUGGUGUCUCCUUCCUUGGUGGCUAUCGGCGAUAUGACUCCAGUGGAGUCUGCUCUAGUAACCGGCUGCACGGCUGCAGUUACCAAUCAAUUUGAACUGAGCCAUAACAACCAUAUGCGCCCUCUCCCUUCUGUAACCGUUUCAAAAUCAUUGAGAUGAGAUUGGCAACUUGUUACUGAAUUUGUUACCAACAAUUGGAAAAAUUAGUGUCAAAUGAUGUCAGUGACACUUCAAGUAGAUAACAAGUUGAAAAUUGGUGUCAUUUUUGUUUGAACUCUGGGCAACAAGUGGGACGCAAUGUGAUCUGAGGAAAUUUUUGCCGAGGAUGUAUAUGAUGUUAUAGUUUUAAAUCGUGAUUUGCUUGAAAUGUUGUUUGAAAUUGUGAAUUUUGUGUUUCAUUUGCAUCAGUUUCAGCCAGAGGAUUAGAGGGCCA